GCAUUCUGUGAUUAUGGAUCAAUGGAAACUCUGGCUUGUUCAUCUUCUCCCACUGUGUUUCUGUUUUGACAAUGAAGUGACUUUUGUGACAACCACAGGGAGGGAUCCAUAUGUGGCUCGGCUAUGCACCAUUGACUCCUGGCGUAAAGGCACACUUAUCCGUUGUAAGAUCAGCAGAGAAAGGAGAAGGGGAGAUGACUGUUUUGUGGCGUAUCCUCCGGGUGGAGAGGACUUGUUUACAAUAUGUGAAUCUAGGUUCACUUUAAUGAUGGUGAAUCAGACUGUAUUUCUCCACCUGACCGGGUUAACACCAGCGGACAGUGGGAACUACACCUGUGUGUGUCCAUUUCCUGAUGGAAAAGAUAUUCUCCGUCUCAACAUCACUGUGGAAGAGCUUAGGUCCAGGAUACUGCUCAUUACUGUGAUUGGUUUUGCAUGCAUUGUUGUGUCCGUAGUUGCCACUGGACAUAUCCUGAGAAAAAAACAUCGCAGACACAAUACGAGGUCAGGAGCACCUGUCUGUGAAACCCCCGUCUCUUUGGACCAAAAUGACCCAGAUGACCUCGAUGACCCCUACACAAGCCUCCAGCAGCCAGCCGAUGAUCUCUACCAGACCAUCUCCUCGGUCCACCGUCAACACGACAACAAGAGGAAUUCAGCCAGCAACAGCAUAGUGACUGUCCAUCUGGGAUCAAUUUAAAGAGUAAUUUAACACUGUGCUGUAAAGCAGCCCUCUGGUUGGAUGUUGCAAGAUUAUUAGGGCAUGUUAAGUUACCCUUUCAUUUUUUAACACGCAUUCAUUGUCAUAAAUCAUGUACAGAAUCCUCAACGAAGAAGUUGAGACCUUUUUUUUUUAUUCUCAUAAUUAUUCAUACAUCUAUCACUGUUGUGGAUUAUAAAAUAGUGUUGC